UCUCUUCAGACCCCAUCCUCAUCUCUGCUUAAAACCCCAGCCCCCCCCCUCCCCAAAUCACUCCAUCGGUGAAGCUUACAACUUCCAGAAGUCCCUAGCACCUUUCAGUCUGAUGUCUGGCGUCAAGCUUUGGCCCAACGGUGCCCCCGCCCCCGUGCUGCCUCUCGAGGAACUGAUAAACCCAAAGUUUGUCGGCGAAGGCGGCUUCGGCUCAGUGUUCCGGGCACAACACAGGAYGUGGGGCUAUGAUGUGGCAGUCAAGAUCGUGAACUCGGAGGCGAUAUCGAGGGAGGUGAAAGCCAUGGCAAGUCUUCGUAAUCAAUACGUGUUGCUCCUGCUGGGGGUCACCGAGAACCUGGAGUGGGGCUACGUGUCCGGACCAGCUCUGGUGACCCGAUUCAUGGAGAAUGGCUCCCUGGCUGGGCUAUUGCAGCCAGAGUGCCCUCGGCCCUGGCCACUCCUUUGCCGCCUGAUGCAGGAAGUGGUGCUGGGAAUGUGUUAUCUGCACAGCCUGAACCCAGUGCUCCUGCACCGGGACCUCAAGCCCUCCAACGUCCUGCUGGACCCAGAGCUGCAUGUCAAGCUGGCAGAUUUUGGGCUGUCCACAUUUCAGGGAGGGUCACAGUUAGGGGCAGGAUCCAAGGAACCUGGAGGUACCGUGUCAUACUUGGCCCCAGAACUGCUUGCUAAUGUAAACGGGAAGGCCUCCCUGGCCAGUGAUGUCUACAGCUUUGGAAUCCUCAUGUGGGCAAUGCUAGCUGGAAGAGAAGCUGAAUUUGUGGGAAAGAUAUCACUGGUGCAAGAAGUAGUAUGUGAGAAGCAGAUCCGGCCCCCAUUGAAUGAGAUACCUCUGCCCAGCCCUGAGACUCCUGGCUUGGAAGAUCUGAAGGAAUUAAUGCAGCACUGCUGGAGAUCUGAGCCCAAGGACAGGCCAUCCUUCCAGGAAUGUCGACCAAAAACUGAUAAGGCCUUCUUCCUGGUCCAGGGAAAGAUGGAUGCUGCUGUCUCCAAGGUGAAGAAGUUUCUGUCUGAGCAAGGAAGCAACAACAGGAGGUUGUCUGCCCCAGAAACAAGUCAAAGAGGGAUAGAAAUGGAUGGCCCUGGGGGAGCCACAGGAAGCCAGUUCUCUUGGACUGAUUCCACAAUUUCUGAGCGGCUGAACAAGAUGAAUCUGGAGGAGUCCCCCAGCUCAGUCCUUGAAAAAUCCACAAGCCUUCCUGAGGGGAGUAGGACACAGGAAGAGCAGAUUCAGCAUGCCAGGACAGCAAGAAGAUCUUCAGAUUCAAYGACUCAAAUUCCCCAAACACCAGAGACCUUACCUUUCAGAAACCAGAUGCGCAACCCUAUCUUCACUAGGAUUCCAGGUCCUGAACCACAAGGGAAUCAGGGAUCUAAGAGAUAUGAUGCCAACUGGUCUUCCAGAGACCCAAAGUCAAAUCCAACAACAGGGUCUAUUAUCUUAGACAAUUGCUCUGCGGUGCAGAUUGGAAGCAACAAUUCCUUGAUCAUACAAGAGAGAACUACAUUGCCUAAGCAGGGCCCAACACCCUUCAGCAUGGGUAGGGGCAGGAACCUCCCCAAAAAAUAGAUUCAAAAAAAGGCUUGAAGACU